UUCAGCGUUGUGCGGCGAUGUAUCAACAGGGAAACAGGGCAACAGUUUGCUGUAAAGAUUGUCGAUGUAGCAAAAUUCACAUCAAGUCCUGGAUUAAGCACAGAAGAUCUGAAGAGAGAAGCCAGUAUCUGUCACAUGCUGAAGCAUCCUCACAUUGUUGAGCUCUUGGAGACAUACAGCUCAGAUGGAAUGCUUUACAUGGUCUUCGAGUUUAUGGAUGGAGCAGACCUGUGUUUUGAAAUUGUGAAGAGAGCAGAUGCUGGAUUUGUCUACAGCGAGGCUGUAGCCAGUCAUUACAUGAGACAGAUACUGGAAGCUCUACGUUACUGUCAUGAUAAUAAUAUAAUUCACAGGGAUGUGAAGCCACACUGUGUACUGCUUGCCUCAAAAGAGAAUUCAGCCCCAGUGAAGCUUGGUGGCUUCGGGGUAGCAAUUCAGUUAGGAGAGUCUGGGCUAGUUGCUGGAGGACGUGUAGGAACACCUCAUUUUAUGGCCCCAGAAGUGGUAAAAAGAGAACCUUAUGGGAAGCCUGUAGAUGUUUGGGGUUGUGGUGUGAUCCUUUUUAUCCUGCUAAGCGGUUGUUUGCCUUUUUAUGGAACCAAGGAAAGAUUAUUUGAAGGCAUUAUUAAAGGCAAAUACAAGAUGAAUCCUAGGCAAUGGAGCCAUAUUUCUGAAAGUGCCAAAGACCUGGUACGUCGCAUGCUCAUGCUGGACCCGGCAGAAAGGAUAACAGUAUAUGAAGCACUGAACCAUCCCUGGUUAAAGGAGAGAGAUCGCUAUGCAUACAAGAUUCAUCUUCCAGAAACAGUAGAACAAUUGAGAAAAUUCAAUGCAAGACGAAAACUAAAGGGGGCAGUACUAGCAGCUGUGUCAAGCCACAAAUUCAACUCCUUCUAUGGUGACCCCCCUGAAGAGCUGCCAGACUUCUCUGAAGACCCCACCUCCUCAGGACUUCUAGCAGCAGAAAGAGCAGUCUCACAGGUGCUGGACAGCCUGGAAGAAAUUCAUGCACUUACAGACUGCAGUGAAAAAGACUUAGAUUUUCUUCACAGUGUUUUCCAGGAUCAGCAUCUUCACACACUACUAGAUCUUUAUGACAAAAUAAACACAAAAUCUUCGCCACAAAUCAGGAAUCCUCCAAGUGAUGCUGUACAGAGAGCCAAAGAGGUAUUGGAAGAAAUUUCAUGUUACCCAGAGAACAAUGAUGCAAAGGAGCUAAAGCGUAUUUUAACACAACCUCAUUUCAUGGCCUUACUUCAGACUCAUGAUGUAGUGGCACAUGAAGUUUACAGUGAUGAAGCGCUGAGAGUCACACCUCCUCCCACCUCUCCAUACCUAAACGGAGAUUCUCCGGAAAGCGCCAACGGCGACAUGGAUAUGGAGAAUGUAACACGGGUUCGACUGGUGCAGUUCCAGAAGAACACAGAUGAACCAAUGGGAAUCACUUUAAAAAUGAAUGAGCUGAACCAUUGCAUUGUGGCAAGAAUUAUGCACGGAGGAAUGAUUCACCGGCAAGGUACGUUACAUGUAGGAGAUGAAAUCAGAGAAAUAAAUGGAAUCAGUGUGGCAAAUCAAACCGUAGAACAACUACAAAAAAUGCUUAGGGAAAUGCGUGGAAGUAUUACCUUUAAGAUUGUGCCAAGUUAUCGCACGCAAUCUUCAUCCUGUGAGAGAGAUUCCCCCUCCACAUCCAGACAGUCCCCAGCUAAUGGUCAUAGCAGCACUAACAAUUCUGUUUCGGACUUGCCAUCGACAACACAACCAAAAGGACGACAGAUCUAUGUAAGAGCACAAUUUGAAUAUGAUCCAGCAAAGGAUGACCUCAUUCCUUGCAAAGAAGCUGGCAUCAGGUUCCGAGUUGGUGAUAUUAUCCAAAUCAUUAGCAAAGAUGAUCACAACUGGUGGCAGGGUAAACUUGAGAACUCCAAAAAUGGUACUGCAGGUCUUAUUCCUUCUCCUGAACUUCAAGAAUGGCGAGUUGCUUGUAUUGCCAUGGAGAAGACCAAACAGGAGCAACAGGCCAGCUGUACUUGGUUUGGAAAGAAAAAAAAGCAGUACAAAGACAAAUAUUUGGCAAAGCACAAUGCAGUGUUUGAUCAAUUAGAUCUCGUCACAUAUGAAGAAGUAGUAAAGCUGCCAGCAUUCAAAAGGAAAACACUAGUCUUACUAGGUGCACACGGUGUCGGAAGAAGACACAUAAAAAACACACUCAUCACAAAACAUCCAGACAGAUUUGCUUACCCCAUUCCUCACACAACCCGACCUCCAAAGAAAGAUGAAGAAAAUGGGAAAAAUUACUACUUUGUAUCACAUGACCAAAUGAUGCAGGAUAUAUCAAACAAUGAAUAUUUGGAAUAUGGCAGCCAUGAGGAUGCAAUGUAUGGGACAAAACUGGAAACAAUACGAAAGAUCCAUGAGCAGGGACUAAUUGCAAUACUUGAUGUAGAACCUCAGGCAUUGAAGGUCCUGAGAACUGCAGAGUUUGCUCCUUUUGUUGUUUUUAUUGCUGCACCUACGAUUACCCCAGGCAUUAAUGAGGAUGAAUCUCUUCAGCGCCUGCAGAAGGAGUCUGAAAUCUUACAGAGAACAUAUGCACACUACUUUGACCUAACAAUUAUCAACAAUGAAAUUGAUGAAACUAUCAGGCACCUGGAGGAAGCCAUCGAGCUCGUGUGUACAGCCUCGCAGUGGGUCCCAGUCUCCUGGGUCUACUAGACCGGGCGUGAGAGAAUGGAAAAACAAAAUGUCAUUACUGGGAACCACCUCAUACAUGGAAAACCUCUUCGUUAUUGACCUUGUGUCAACAGGUCUUGGCCCCUAGAGACUACCUAGAUGUAGUGUGACCUAAAAUAUAAUUAUUGUCAUGUCCGAAUAGAUAGGAGGAGGGGAAAAAGAAAAAAAAAUUAAACACUAAUUUAAAGAGACAGUAUCUUUUUUUUAAUCAUUUCUCCUCAACUUUAAUAAAAUGUAUCUUUAAAU